AUGGCCUCGCCCAUGAAAGGCGUGAUUUUGCUGUGCUUACUGCUUAACGGUCCCUAUGAAAUAGAUGGGGGCUCGAAAAGCACAAAGUCGGCUGUUAAGCAGCGCUAUGAAAUUGGGCCCUGUAUCAUUCACCAGGUGUCGGUGCAACCCGCUGCCGGCGUUACUUUCGGCACGGCCAACCCACAGCCUCGAAGUGGUAACUGGAAGGGUAUUCUGUGGACAGGAGUAAUUCAAGUGGUUUUGGGUUCCUUGACCGUCAUUUUUGGGAUUGUCACCGUGACUGCAUUUGGCCAGUUCUACUAUAUCAGUGACAACGGAUCUCCAAUUUGGUGUGGUAUAUUAUUCUACGUCGUCGCUGGAAUCUUGGGCAUAGUGUCUGGAUGGAAGAAGAAUUCCGGAGUGGCUGUCGGCUACAUGGUCAUGUCCAUCUUGGCUUGUUUGGCGACGUGCUGCGUCAUUGGUUUUGGGGCUGCCAGGAUGUCAGCCAUCAAUCAAGUCUGUCAUCCAAUUUAUACGCGUUAUCGUUAUAGCUACAAUACUUCAUUCUGUUAUUUGCAGGCGGCCAUCAAUGGUGUUUAUGCUAUACUGAUACUUCUCGCCUUGGUGGAGUUUGUUGUCGCCAUCGUUGGUGCCAGCAUGACCUGUGGUCCCCUCUGCAGUGGUGGAUCAGCAACUCGGACUGUGAUCCAAUACCAAGCUCAACCACACAUGGGGGUUGCCACACAGCCCCAGGGACCAGCCUUCUACAACAUUGCUGGUCAGCCACAAGUUGCCUACCCAGCGCAGCAGGGGCAGUAUCCG